AUGGAGAAGGAAGAGAUCAUUGCCGAUAUCAACGCGCAAAAGGAGGGUGCCAACCUCCACGCGGCUCUUCAAGAUGCUGUUUACAAUCUGUCCCUGCGAGCUGUCAACCCGGUAGACGUCAAGGUCAGCAAUAUUACUCUUGAUCUCAACACAGCGCCGCCACUAUGGGAGUCUUCGCCUUCACAAAUAUGGCAGCGCAUUCGGGGCCAGAAACCUGAAGGCACCUCCAAACGAAUUCUGGAUGGAGUUAGCGCAGAGAUGUCAAGUGGAAGCUUGACAGCUAUUAUUGGAAGCAGUGGCUCAGGAAAGACCUCAUUACUCAAUUUAAUGGCUGGUCGGAUGUCCCUUUCCAAAGCCAAUGUGUCCGGAUCAACAACUUUUAAUGGACACACCAACAUUGACAGCGUCCGCAGCGCCUAUGUCGUGCAGGAGGAUGUACUUAUCCCAACUUUGACUGUCCGAGAGACUCUGCGAUAUUCAGCUGAUCUUAGGUUACCACCACCGACAACCCAAGAAGAGCGACAUGCUAUCGUGGAGCAGGUUAUUCUUGAGCUGGGACUCAAGGAAUGCGCUGAUACAAGAAUCGGAACCACCGCACACAAGGGGUGCAGUGGUGGAGAAAAGAGACGAACUAGCAUUGGUGUGCAGUUGUUGGCCAAUCCAUCGAUGCUAUUUUGUGACGAACCUACUACGGGCUUGGAUGCGACCAGCGCAUUCCAGAUCAUUCGCACAUUGAAGCGACUUGCACAGGAUGGUCGAACGGUGGUUGUCUCCAUUCACGCUCCUCGUUCUGAGAUCUGGAGUCUGUUUGACAACGUGAUACUUCUUGCCAGAGGAUCUGCUUUAUACAACGGACCUGUAAGCGAGUGUUUGGCUCAUUUCGAAGAAUGUGGUCACCGCAUCCCGCCAUUUGUCAAUCCUGCUGAAUUCUUAAUUGAUUUAGCUGCGAUAGACAAUCGGACGGAAGCUUUAGAGGCUGCAUCUCAAGUUCGCGUUGAUAAUCUCCGUGAAAGCUGGCGCCCCCGACCAACAGAACACCCACCGGAUGAGAAAGAAAAGGACAGACAGACACCUUUGUUGCCCGUGCUAGAUGGUGUCGACACAGGAGCUAUGAAGAAAAUAUCAUUUCAACGGCAACUGAGUGUCCUGACAUCUCGCACCUUUGUAACAACUAUUCGCGAUCCAAUGGGGGUCGCUGGUUGCUUGCUUGAAGCCAUCGGUAUGGCCGUCAUCAAUGGUUGGAUCUUCUGGCAACUUGAUGAAAGCCAGGCUGGAAUUCGUUCGCGAGAAGGUAGUCUGUACACGGCGAGUAGUCUGAACGGUUACCUCAUCUUGCUCUAUGAGACAUAUCGCUUGACUAUUGAUAUUCAGCUUUUUGAUCGUGAGCGCAAAGAAGGAGUAGUCAGUGUUCCGGCAUUCUUGGUUAGUCGACGGAUUGCCCGAUUUCCGUUGGAGGAUUUGCCAGUUCCACUAUUGUUCUCCGUCAUCUUUUACUUUAUGGUCGGCUACCGUCUUGAUGCUGCGCAAUUCUUUAUUUUCUUUGCCCUCACCUUUUUAACGCAUUACAUUGCCGUGACUUUUGCUGCAGUUGCAAUUGGAGUGUCGAGGAAUUUCCCGGGUGCCAGUCUCGUCGGCAACUUGUCUUUCACUAUCCAGUCGUUUGCUUGUGGAUAUUUUGUUCAGGGGAAUCAGAUACCCGUGUAUGUGAGGUGGUUGAAAUGGUGUGCAUACACUUUUUACACCUUCGGGGCAUUGUGUGCAAACGAGUUCAUUGGUCUGAAUGGUUCUGAGAUGGGUCAAUUCUAUGAUUGUCCUUAUUCCGACGAUCCACAAGACCCAGCCUGCAAAGAGUAUACAGGGAGAUACAUAAUGAACAGUCUUGGUAUGCCUUCUAAUUGGAUCUGGAGACCAAUAGUGGUACUUAUCGCAUAUGCCGUUGGUCACUUUUUGAUCGCGGGCUUGUUGUUGCAAUACAACCGAUACGCUAUUGAUAUUGCUCAAUCUCGCAAGACAGACACUGAUUAUUCAGCUGGCAAGGCUAAAUUAGCGAUUCGUCCUUCGGAUGAAGUUCGAAAAUUAGCAAUUUCUCUGGAUCAAUAUUCAUUGAAAAUUCGGAAGCGUCGACGGCCUGGCCACAAAGCUCUUAAUUUGCAAAUCCUGCAACCUAUCACAGCCGAGUUCCUUCCUGGCGAAUUGAAUAUUAUCAUGGGACCCUCUGGAAGUGGCAAAACAUCUCUACUUAACUCGUUUGCUCGAAGGCUGCAAGGAUCCAUGGGCACCCAGUACCGGGUUGAAGGGCAAAUGCUAUACAACGGAGCCGUGCCAUCGGAAACUGUGAUUCGCUCAGUGACAUCGUUUGUUACUCAGGAUGACGAUGCAUUAAUGCCAUCACUUACAGUUCGCGAGAGUUUAAGAUUUGCUGCAGGACUUCGAUUACCAACCUGGAUGUCACGAGAAGAAAAGAACCAACGGGCAGAAGAGAUUCUGUUUAAAAUGGGAUUAAAAGAAUGCGCCGAUAACCUGAUCGGUAGUGAGCUAACAAAGGGUAUCAGCGGGGGCGAGAAACGACGAGUGACAAUUGCCAUACAGAUCCUAACCGAUCCCAAAGUACUGCUUCUAGAUGAACCGACUUCGGGACUGGACGCAUUCACAGCCAUGUCCAUCAUCGAGGUUCUACAAGGCCUCGCGGCCGAAGGUAGAACACUGAUCAUGACCAUCCACCAGUCUCGCUCUGAUCUAUUUCAACAUUUCCCCCAGGUCCUACUCCUAGCUCGAGGUGGAUAUCCGGUCUAUGCUGGGCCAGGACAACAUAUGCUUCCACACUUUGCAGGACUAGGUCAUGACUGUCCACAGACUACCAAUCCCGCAGACUUCGUUCUGGAUCUGAUCACCGUUGAUCUUCAGCAAGAAGACCGAGAGGUUGUUACCCGUGAGCGUGUUCAAAAUCUAAUAUCUCGCUGGACCGAGACAACUCCGACUUUAGGUCGUACCGCAUCACAAAUCGCAACACCAGCUGAGCUUGGUAGCUUACGGCGGCGAAUGCUUCCAUUCCGCGUAACUUUUCCAUUGGUACUGCAUCGUUCGUUUAUAAACUUCUGGCGUCAGCCGCCAUUAGUUAUGGCCCGAUCGGCGCAGGUGCUCGGGAUUGCCAUCAUUAUGGCACUCUUCUUUGCACCUCUCAAGGACGACUACGCAGCCGUCCAGUCGCGAAUGGGAUUUAUCCAAGAAUUUGCAGCACUUUACUUCGUGGGUAUGCUACAAAACAUUGCCAUCUACCCAGGCGAGCGCGAUGUAUUCUACAAAGAAGAAGCAGAUAACUGCUAUUCCGCAGAGACCUUCAUUCUGUCAUAUACAACCAUCGAAGUACCCUUUGAGAUCAUUUCGGCGCUUAUCUUCGGUGCCCUAGCCGCAUUCGCAGAUAACAUGAAGCGUACCGCUCAAAUGUUCCUCAUCAGCGCCUUCAACUGUUUCUGCAUAAUAAGCUGUGGCGAGUCUGUAGGCAUAAUGUUCUGCACGCUCUUCUCACACGUCGGCUUCGCCGUCAACGUGAUAUCCAUCCUAUUAUCCAUCUCUAGCAUCCUCGGCGGCGUCAUGAGUCUAAACGUCAAUGAUGUUCUACAAGGCCUCAACCAUCUCUCACCGAUCAAGUACUCCAUUGCCAACUUGGCUCCUUAUUCUAUGCAUGGACAGGUAUUUCACUGCUCUGAUGCUGAGAGACUUGUUAGCGGCAGUUGUCCGAUUAGUAAUGGCGAGCAGGUCCUUCAGCUCUACAAUCUUGAUAAAGAUGGGCCUAUGAAUAUCAUGGCUUUGGGCGUGUGCACAAUCAUCUAUCGACUUGCUGCAUAUGCGCUCUUGAAAGCUAUGCGAUCCCAGCGAAUGUUAGAGCGAUGGCGUGAAUGGCGCCGUUCUCGACAAAAUCCCCGAUAA